AUGCACAGUGUUCUCGCAGCCGCGCCGCUCCUCGCGGCCACGGCCCUGGCGGCCCCGGCGGCCCCGGCCAAGUACGACUACAUCAUCGUCGGCGGAGGCACCAGCGGCCUCGUUGUCGCCAACCGUCUGUCGGAGCUGAGCAACGUCACUGUUGCCGUCAUUGAGGCUGGUGGCUCCGUCUUCACCAACGAGAACGUCACCAACCCCAACGGCUACGGACUGGCCUUCGGUACCGACAUCGACUGGGCCUACGAGUCGGUCAACCAGACCUACGGCGGCGGCAAGACCCAGACGCUGCGCGCCGGCAAGGCUCUCGGUGGCACCAGCACCAUCAACGGCAUGGCCUACACCAGAGCCGAGGACGCGCAGAUCGAUGCGUGGGAGAAGAUCGGCAACAAGGGCUGGAACUGGGCGUCGCUGCUCGAGUACUACAAGAAGUCGGAGACGGUGCAGGUGCCGGACGCGGACCAGCAGGCGGGCGGCGCGACGUACGAUGCCGCCUACCACGGCACGUCGGGCCCGCUCAAGGUCGGGUGGAAGAACCAGAUGAUGAACGUCAGCUUCCCGGAGGUGCUCAACGCCACGUACAAGGCCAACAACGUGCCGUACCUGCAGGAUAUUGCCGGCGGCCACAUGGCCGGCUGGAACGUCUUCCCCUCGACCCUCGACGUCGCCCUCAACGUGCGCGAGGACGCCGCCCGCGCCUACUACUACCCCUUCCAGAACAGGACCAACUACCGCGUCUUCCUCAACACCGAGGCGCAGAAGCUCGUGUGGGCCCAGUCCGGCGGCGCUGAUGACACCGCCACGGCUUCUGGGGUCGAGGUCAAGGACAGCACCGGCAAGACGCGCACCAUCUACGCCAACAAGGAGGUCAUCCUAUCAGCCGGCUCGCUGCGCUCCCCCGUCCUGCUCGAGCUGUCGGGCGUCGGCAACCCGGACAUCCUCAAGGCGGCGGGCGUCGCCACCAAGGUCGCGCUCCCGUCCGUGGGCGAGAACCUGCAGGACCAGACCAACAACGGCUUCGACGGCACGGCGGCCAAGAGCUUCAGCGGCACCGCCGUCAACGUCGCCUACCCGGACGUCGAGGACAUCUUCGGCAACCAGACGGCGGCCGUCGCCGCGUCGGUCAAGAAGCAGCUGUCCUCAUGGGCGGCCGCCGCGUCCAACGUCUCCAACGGCGCCAUCUCCGCCGCCGCGCACAAGCGCUUCUUCGACAUCCAGUACGACCUCAUCUUCAAGGACAAGGUGCCCCUCGCCGAGAUCCUCAUCUACCCCACGGGCUCCGCCUUCUCCGCCGAGUUCUGGUCGCUGCUCCCCUUCGCGCGCGGCAACGUGCACAUCGACACCUCCCCAACAUCCGCGCCGCGCAUCAACCCCAACUACUACCAGUUCGACUGGGACAUGACGGAGCAGGUGGGCACGGCCAAGUACGUGCGGCAGCUGUUCGCGACAUCCCCGCUCAAGCCCCUGCUCGCCAACGAGACGGCUCCGGGUGCGGGCGUGCGGACCGACGCUGAGCUCGCGCGCUGGGUGCUCGACAAUUAUAGAUCGAAUUUUCAUCCGGUAGGCACGACGGCGAUGCUGCCGCGCGCGCUCGGCGGCGUCGUCGACCCGUCGCUGCGCGUCUACGGGACCGCCAACGUGCGCGUCGUCGACGCCGGCGUGCUGCCCUUCCAGGUCUGCGGCCACCUCGUGUCCACGCUGUAUGCCGUCGCUGAGAAGGCGGCCGACAUCAUCAAGGCUGAGGCUUAG